AAAUUGAAACCCAAGAAACAAUUAAACUAGAAACUCUUUUGGGGUUUUUAAACUUGUUUCUGGGUUUUCUUCCCAAGUAAUUAGCCUUCAUCAUUCUUCUAUAUCUACUCUCUCUCCCCUUAUCUUUAUUACCGAAUCGACGGUACCAAUUUUAGGUUAAAUUCGCCCUCUAAUUAACCCCUUAAUCAUCAUCUUUCUCUCUAGCUUCGACUUACAUGGCUGUUUCAGUACCAAUUUGUAUAUCAUCAUUUCUCUAAUUCUCUUCUCGCAUUCUUAGAACCAAAAAGAUGUUUGAAAGGUGGGUUCAGCCGCUCCUAUUAGGUUAUCUUGGUCCAUACAUCAAAGAUUUCCAAAGAGAACAACUCAAGAUCGGAUUAUGGAACGAAGAAGUAGUGUUGGAUAAUGUGGAGUUGGUUCUUGAAGCUUUUGAUCACCUACAGUUGCCUUUUGCUAUAAAACGAGGUCGCGUUGGGAGGUUAAGCAUAAAAAUUCCUUGGAAGAAGCUUGGUUUGUCGCCCAUUAUAAUUGUUCUAGAAGAUGUCUUCAUUCAAGCUGGCCAAAGAGAUGAGCAUGAGUGGAAUCCAGAUUUAGUCGAAAGAAGAGACAUCGCAGGAAAAAAGGCCAAACUUACUGCUGCGGAGCUAGCAACAUUUUCUAGACGCGUAUGCGAAAAUCAGACCGGACAAGCAUUUGUUUCUUACAUUACUGCCAAGCUUCUUGAUAAUGUCCAAGUCUCCAUCAGAAAUUUUCAUGUCACUUAUACUGAUCAGCAGAUUGGCUCGGCACCAUAUACGUUUGGAAUAAGGUUUUCAAGUCUGACAUCAGUGAAGCACAGUUCUAUCUGGACAUCCGUCACAAGUCGAGGUGGUCCAGUGAGCAAGAUGUUGGAGAUAUCAGGCUUGGGAAUUUAUUAUAGCACAUCUGAGGGACCUUCGAAUUCAAUGGGUAUUGAAGAUGCCGCUGAGUACCAACUUUUCAGUGAUGCGAGAGUGGAAAGUGAUACAAAUGAUUAUAUUGUGGCCCCAUUUGAUGUUGCUGUAUCUUUUGUGGUGAACAGGUCUGAGAAGCUUGAGAGUGAUGUUCCACAAUAUUCUAUUGUUGCUGAGAUAACUUCUCUGGUGCUGCAAAUGAAUGAAGUUCAGCUCAAGCAAAUCUUUGUUCUUUGGGAUUAUUUAUGCACAUCUGAAGUGAGGGAGAGGUAUUGGCGUUAUCGCCCAUCAUUUGAUUCUUUAUCAAGAAAACCAAAGGGCUGGCAAAGGAUGUGGUGGCAGUACGCCCAAGAAUCCAUCUUAUCCGAUGUUUGUAGAAAGUUAAAGAAGACUUCCUGGAAACAUCUUGGGUGGCGAAUGAGUUAUCGACGAAAGUAUGUGAGCUUAUACAAAAGAAAACUGGACUUUCUCCAUCAAAAGCAGACUGUAGAAGAAGACAUACUUAAAGAAUUGGAGCUUAUGGAGAAAGAAACAGAUAUUGACGACAUCUUGAGUUUUAGGUCAAUCGCAGAACGUGAAUUGGAGAAACUUCUGCCGAGCUCUACAGCUUCGAGUGUGGGAGCAAAUGGAUGGAUAAAUUGGUUAUUUCGUGGCAUGCUUGGUUCGGGUGAAACAGCGGGCCAGUUUUCUGGUGCUGUUUCUCAGGAACUUAUCAAGGAUAUAUACGAGGCAGCAGACUUCGUUCCAGUUCCUUCUCUUGAUGUGGGUGUUUCUACAAAAAGCAGAAUCUUAUCUUCAGUCAAGUUCAAAGUUCAUAAAGUCACUGCAACACUAGGCAGCAAGAUCAGCCAGAAGGAAGUCAUACGGAUAAUUUUGGGUGUCGUGGAUAUUGAAUGUAAACAUUGGGACGAAUCAUGGACAAUUGAGCUGUUGGUUAAUUCAUUGGGUCUGGUGGACCCAUAUGCUAAGAAAGACAUUCUGCUUCUUGGAAAGGGUGUCUCUGAGCAAAGUAAUUCGAAUGAUAAAGUACGGUGUCUCAGCGUUGUAGUUGAUACAUCUCCUAUAAACAAUGACACUGAUCUUUCAUUAAAGGUUGAGCUUCAACCUUUUGAAGUUAUUUACGAUGCUGAGUUUUUAUCGAAUCUAUUGGACUUCCAGCGGAUUUUUGGAUCAUUCCAUUCUCAGCGUGAGAGAGUCCUCAUGUCAUUAAAUGAGCUUGAAAAUGUUAGUGCUCGAGUACUAUCGAAAACUGAAUAUGUUGUCUCCAACCGUAAACAAAUAAUUUGGGAUAUCAGUUUAAGCAGUGUCUCCAUCAAAAUUCCAUGGGAAACAGAUCAUCAUUCCACACAGUAUUUUUUGAGUUUGGACUUGGGAACUCUUAUCUGUAGAUCAAAGAUUCAGAAGGAAACUCUGGCACCAAACUGGAAGCCCCUAGCUGACUAUUUGUCCACAGCUUUCGCGGGCACAACUUCUUCCACUGAUAGGACAGUGAAACCAGUUGACCACCUUCAAGAUCUGUACGAUCACUUCAAAAUUACUUUGACUGGUUUAGAGGUGAAUCUAACGGUACCUGGUUGUUCUAAAGCAGUCUCCAUUGUCGAGAAACUUGAUGCGUAUAUUAAGUUGGCAUCAUGCAUUAUACCAAAUGAAUCGACGUUGAAGCAGCUAGAGGUCCAUGUGGUUGUUGUGUCAACACUUAGUGUACAUUUCUCGCCCUCAAUAUAUGGUGCAGCUGUUGGCUUGAUUAAAUCUUUUGAUAUUCUGGCUCCGCAAUCAGAAUCCGAAUCUGUGCGCCAGGGGACCUUAAAGGAUUCAAGUGCUUUCCAAUUAUCUUUCACGGCUAAUGUUGAGCUUGUUAGCUUGCAUGUACACUCCAGUGAUGACGAUAAUGGAGAUGGUAGCCUUCUUCUCGUCUGUGCUCUUGGGGAGUUGGACAUUCAGUAUGCUCUCGAGCAAAUGACAAAAGCAUGUUUUGUCUGCGUCAAAGCAUUGAAAAUUGAAACAGGUAAAUUGAGCGAUGAAACUAGUGACUUAACAUUAUGCUUAUCCAAGAGUAUAUCUGCUGCUGCACAUCAGCGCGGAUUUGUCUCAGAAGCUAACGCUCCAAAAAGUGACGGUGGUGAAAGAAGUACACCUUUGGAUGGAUGCUUUAUUAUGCACUAUCAAGCGGAGAGAAAUGUGGAGGAAGUUUGUCACAAGUUGACGAUGUUCUUUAAUGAAGUUGAUCUCCAUUGCUACCCUAAAGUUAUUGGAUCCCUCUAUCAGUAUUUCGAUAGCUUAUCUCGAUAUGAUUCCUCGUCAUUACCUUAUUCAGGGAAAAGCUUAGCCAAUAGUAAAGAAUCGGGAAAAAUCUUAGCCAAUAGUAAAGAAACAAGAUAUAGAGUACUGAUGUCUGGAUUUUGGCCUGCAAAAUUUGGGUUUUCGAAUUUCUGCGAAUCUGGGUCAACUGAGGCAUGCAUAACUCUGGGUCAGUUUCCCUUCAUAACUAUUGAUAGUUCGGGUUCCCUCGGUAGAAUUGAGCAGUCUCUUAUUCAUGGCAUUUCUGAGUGGAGGAAUAUUUUGAAUGUGAGGGAUAAAAAAUGUGAGAGAAUUGCAAAAGUUAACGUUAGGAAGAGGUCUAAAGUGCCCAGAGUUCCGACAGUGAAAUAUUCAUGGAGCAAUAAUGAUUCCACUUCUGGGAGAAGCAGUGAUUCUGCUAUUUGCAUUAUUGAUUUGAACCUCACUGGAAUCACAAUACACUUCCAUGAUUCAUCCUGUAUUCUGGGAACUCUUUCGGUGCCAAUUUCUAAGUCUUUGAUUGCUUUAAGCAGGACACAUUAUUUGGAUAUGUUAUGUUCUAUUGAGGGGCUACAUCUCUCAUCAUCUUGGUUGUCCCAGUACUUUUACAAGUGGCUAUGGGGCUCAUCUGAACACAAUCUGGCCCCUGUUUUCAAUUUUCGCGUAAGAAGGAUCAAUGGUGCAACGAGGCCCCAAAUUGAAUUGUGUUUCAGCAUUCAACAUGUGCGCUGCAUUUUGCCGCCCGAAUAUCUGGCGAUAUUAAUUGGUUAUUUUUCUCUACCUGAUUGGAACAAGAAGGAACCUGUACAGUUUGUUACGGAAAAUGGCAACUGCAAGGAUAUGGACAACAGCCAUGUCAAAAUUAUGUACAAAUUUGAGGUCCUUGACUCCGUAUUGAUUUUACCCGUGGAUGAUGAUGGACAUCAAACUAUACAUCUUCAACUUGAACAGUUAUAUUGCAGUUUCACUGCAAAGAGCAAAGCAGAGGAUGCUCUGAAGGACAUUCCUCUUGACUGUAUGGUUCAAGCAGAUAAAGUUGCAGAUAUAGUCCACGUCCUCAACAUAUUUGGGCGGGGUGUAUCUUUGUCGUUGGUACCACGUAAGAACGAGGGACAUGCUUCUUUGACUGAUUGUCAGAGUACCAGUUGCGGAAAUGUACCCUUAAUUCCAGCAUUUGACGCUGAUCUAUGGAUCAGAAUACCAUGCGGAAAUCAGCCUUCAGAUGGACUUUCUACUCCUACUUCUGUUAUGGUGAAGGUUAGCAACUGGCAAAUUAUUGCUGAAGUUGAUUACUUUCUCUAUGGAAUUGAAGCUAUUGCAAACAUCGUAAACCAGCUGUCUGCAGUCGGGAGUGAAUCUGGAUAUUUCAAAUCUGAUGUAUUGCAGUUUAUGCAGUUGAAGAAGAGUAUAAAAGAAGGAAGUGUAGUUCUAACCAAUGUUUCAAGUCCGACCUUUAUAGAAGUAAAAUGUUGUGUCAAGUUACUCACAAUAAAAUUAUGUCAGUCAAGGGGAAGAGGACAGUCUAAUAACUUGUCAGAGCCCGUUGCCAAGGCAGAUUUACAAUUUAUAUUUUCUGGAAAGUUCAAAGACGACAUACCCUUGAGCAUGGAUAUUUGUCUUUCUAACAUAUCACUAUAUUCAUUUCAUACUUCCGUCAUCUUGCUGCAUUCUAUUGUCUCUUCAGUUUCAUCUUGUUUUGAGAUUCAUCUGUCCAAGUUAAGUAGUGGUGACAAUGAGAUUGUAUUUUGUAUACCUUCUCUGGAUAUUUGGUUACACAUGUCGGAUUGGAGCACUGUUGUAGAUCUUAUUGGUUGCUAUUCUCAGGACCAAAACAACACUGAAGUUAUGGUUGAAUCAUCAGAGAACUCAAGUUUAGGAACACUGGAACUUCCUAAAGAUUCGUCUGGAAAUGUAAUUGAGGCUUCUCCUGAGUCACCAACAACAUCGUUACAUUCUAACAAAGAUUUUCAGGAAUCCGGUAAUCUGAUUUUGAAGUCAGAGGAGAUAGACAUUUCACUUCAUUUUCCACUCUCGGUUAGAGAAACAUUUGACAUUUUGAGGGAACCUUAAGUUCUUGUAGGAGUUACUUUUUCUGGCACGGAAUGCUGUAAAUAUGUAACAGUUACUUUGUGCAGUAGAGAUACGGAAGUGAUUAUAAAUGAAAGCCAUACAAAAGUGACGUCGAAUAUCGAAAGGACGAGAAUUACGCUGGAGACUAUCCAGGGCCAGAAAGUUAUUGCAUGGCCUCUGUUGCAGAUAAAUCAGAUAUAUGUUUCUGCAGAAAUUUGUGAUAAACAAGAGGGGUUUAUUCAUGCCACAGCUGAAGUUCGUAUUGAAUGUUUGGAAGUGUGGUUAUCACAUCAGAUAUUCCAAUUCUGGCACGAUGUUAAGAUCGAACUUCCUGAAAAAACAUCUUCUCAAUCUUCAACCGGCAUUGUGGAUUUUAAAGUUCAUUUAAGGAAGGCUUCUCUGCUGCUGACUGAUGGGAGGUGGAGUUGUAAUGGUCCUCUCAUGGAGAUGCUUUUGAGGAACUUACUGUUCCAUGUGAGCCUAACUGGUGGCAUCAUGGAAGCUUCAGUUGGAGGAGAUCUUCUUGUGAACUACAACAAUCUUGAAAAGGUGACUUGGGAGCCUUUUAUAGAGACAUGGUGUUUUCAAUUAGACAUGGCUAGAAAGCAAGAACGAAGUGCGCUUUUAAGUACUUCCGUCAUGACUGAUAUAUACCUGAAGUCUACUGCACAUCUCAACUUCAAUGUCACAGAACCGCUCAUUGAGGUUAUCUUUAGGGUGCAUGACAUGAUCACAGAUGCUUGGAGUCGGGUUAAGAUAGAUGGUCUUCCUGAGAGUCGCCGGUUUUGUGGGGGUAGUGAAACCACUGAAAAUGCAUACACAAGAAGGUAUGCUUCAUAAAUUCUCCAGAAUGAGACUUCUUUGCCACUGCUGUUUCAUGUGUAUCGAGGACAUUUGAAUUCAGACGAUUUGAACAUGGUGCCUAUGAAAGAAGGAAGUAUUGUGCAACCAGGUUGUUCUGUCCCAAUUUAUAUUGAUGAAACUCCAGAAGAACAAAUAUUUCGUUACAAACCUGCUCAGUCCUCUGACAGGCUAAACGAGAAAAAAUCGAAUUGGGUGGCACAUCAUAUGAUCUCUGUUCAACUUGAUGGAACUUCUGGGUUUUCAGUUCCUAUUUCCAUGGACCUUGUUGGCCGUAGCUACUUUGAAGUAGAUUUUUCGAAGGCAUCAGAAGCGGUUGGAGUAAAUACAGC